AUGAGCGAGUCCUUCUCCCUUGCUCCACCCGGGGUGUCCAUUGCGGAGGUGCACGCCGGCAACCGCGAGCGCCUCGUGGCCGCGCUCCGCAACCACCUCUCCGCCGCCGGCCGCCCUCUCCGCGGCGGCAUCGUCCUUCUCCAGGGCGGCGAGGAGCAGACCCGUUACUGCACCGACCACGUCCCGCUCUUCAGGCAGGAGAGCUACUUCGCGUAUCUGUUCGGGGUGCGAGAGCCGGGGUUCUACGGCGCGGUCGACAUUGCUUCCGGACAGUCCAUCUUGUUCGCUCCAAGGCAGCAACCUGACAACGCUAUUUGGGUGGGUGAAGAAAAAUUGCCUUACUUCAAGGACAUGUACGAGGUCGAUUCUGUCUUCUAUGUUGACGAGCUUUCACACGUUCUCCGACGUCAGUUCAGCGAGCAUGGCCAUGGAGAGCCGCUUCUCUUCCUCUUGUACGGAAUGAACACCGACAGCGGGAACUACUCAAGGCCUGCCAGUUUCGAGGGGAUAUACAAGUUCGACACCGAUUUAAGCACGCUCCAUCCCAUCUUGACUGAAUGCCGUGUCACAAAAUCUGACAUGGAGCUUGCGCUCAUUCAGCAUGCUAACGAUGUCAGCUCAGAAGCACACAUCAAGGUCAUGAGGCGGAUCAAGCCAGGCAUGACGGAAAAUCAGUUGGAGAGCAUCUUCUGCUGCCAUGCAUCCAUGUACGAAGGCUGCCGACAUUGCGCCUACACAUGCAUAUGCGCCACUGGACAGAACACUUCCAUUCUCCAUUAUGGACAGAAUGACGGGACGGUGAACGACGGCGACAUGGCUCUGAUGGACAUGGGAGCCGAAUACAACUUCUACGGCUCCGACAUCACAUGCUCAUACCCUACAAACGGAAAAUUCACAAGAAGCCAGGCAGUUGUGUACAAUGCCGUCCUCAAGGCUCAUGAUGAUGUGAUAUCGCAUAUGCGGCCUGGAGUGAAAUGGAUCGACAUGCACAAGCUGGCAGAGCGGAGGAUACUCGAGUCUCUAAAGGAAGAAGAUGUCAUCCAUGGUGACAUUGGUGACAUGAUGGAGAGAAGGUUGGGUGCUGUCUUCAUGCCUCAUGGCCUCGGGCACCUGCUUGGGAUCGACGCCCAUGAUCCCGGAGGCUACCCUGAGGGUUUAGAGAGGCCGGAUGAGCCGGGAUUGAGAUCCUUGCGGACCACAAGAGAACUUAAACAAGGCAUGGUUAUCACGGUCGAGCCGGGAUGUUAUUUCAUUGACGCUUUGCUGAGGCGUGCCAGGGAUGACCCAAUUUGCUCAGAGUUCUUCAAUAGUAAUGUGUAUGUGACGGCGCAAGGAUGCAAGAACCUCACGAACUGCCCCCGAGAGAUCUGCGAAAUCGAAGCGGUAAUGGCUGGCGCGCCAUGGCAUUCACGUGAUUCCUGUUCCAGUGCGACAACAAUAGAGAAUGGCCUUCCCAAAGCCUAA